AUGACGUCCGCUACUAUACGUGACCUGCAAAAUUAUGCGUUCAAUAAUAAAGAGGAAAUCCUAAUAAGUUCUUGUAAGGUGAGCAAGUACCUCAAGAAGAAGAAAGUAUCGUUUUUGUGUUUGGUGAAUGAGUUAGGUGUACCUUCUACUAUAAGUAUUAUUCAAGUGAAACAAAAUGACAAGGUUUUCAAGAGAAAACGGAGCUGGGCUUUAGCAGAGCUCAAGUCUGUCGAUGGGCACAGCGAGUCCCCGGACACUCCGGAAUUCGAUUUACAUUUAGACAAAGUGUAUCGUUGGGUAGCUCUAAUACCGCAGGAACGACAGGCGUUUAUCCAAAAUCUCUGGAAAUUUUCCCUGAAAUAUAUAUUGCACGAUCAGCCAGUAUUUAAAAAUAUUCCAAAACUGUGGAUAACGGAAGGAUCCACGAUUCCAGAAAAAUUCAAUUCAGAUUUAAUUCCAUUGGAACACGAAUUAGUAGAAGAUUUUCAAGUUAACAACGAAAAAGAGCAAGAAGAUCUUAAAAAAUUAAUGUCCGGAUGUGAAUUCGCUAUAAGUAACGCCGAAGCCUUUAUGGAAGUGUUAGCUCGAGACUUGUCUCUCCUCGAUGGAGAAAAUAUCCACUGUGUUUUAGCAUCCGAAGAUCAAGUUGAAGCUUUGAUGGACCAUUUAGAAUUAGCAUUAAAUGAGGUCGGCAGAUUAGAAAAUCAGCUCAAUGAAUACGAUGAUAUCCUUUGUCAUGUUAAAGAUACAAUGGAAAAAAUGGAAUACAAAAAUUCCACUCUGUCUACAGCGAAUCUGAACAAUCAAAGACUAAUGAAAGAAUUGGAAAAUUUAAUAAAUAAACUCGAUCUCUCGAGUGAACACCAACGAAUUUUAGAGGACGCUGACUUUACGACCACAAAAGGCCUUUCACAAGCAAUCGAAGCAGCCAAUGCUUUGAAAGUAAUCCUGAAUUCGGAUAUCGACCAGUCCUUACUUCACAUGGCAGCUGUACAAGAGCAAAAGAAAAAAUUCGAUAAGUUGAAAGACAAGUUUUCAAGAAACAUAUGCAGACAACUCAAUAAUUUAUUCAUUCAUUUCGGAAACCACAAAGGAGAAUUGGAAAAGAGCGGGGAUAACUUAUCGUUACCGCAACACAGUGGUGUUCACAAAGAACUUUCCCCAUACUCUGAACUAAUUCAUUGGAUUAAAGUAAUGGAUAAGAAAAUGUAUGGAUCUUUAAAAGAAGUCUAUACGAGCUCAAUGGGAAAAUUAUACGAUCGAGAUUUAAAGAAUAUUUUUAGCGUUGCUAGAGAAAAAAUUGCAGUGAAUGUAAACGUGGUAUCUCCUACUACUAUUAUAGGAUUGGACAGAGACCAAUGGACUCUCGAAACAAGUACUAAGGAUAGGGAAAAAUACGACACUGUGUUGGAACAAGUUCUUACACAAUUAGAACCAGUUUUCUUGCAGGAGCAACAGUUUUGUUUGAAAUUUUUUCAGCUCGAUGCACUACAUAAUACAGAACAAGAUGCUACAGCAUCCAGAAAAAUAGAAAAACAAAUAGAGGAAGAUAUCAGGAAUAUGAUGAGCAGCUUGUUUACUUGCCUGAAGCCAGAAUUAGAUUACUUAAUUAAUCACAUUAAAAAACAGGAUAAUUUUUAUUGUAUGUACGUUUUGGUGCGCUUGAAUCAGCACGUGAUGUCGGCUCAGAGUUCCUUUUUGAGCAACACCUUCGGAUCGUUACUUAUAGAAGUUAAAAGAUCUUUAGAUCAAUUCAUGCAACAGCAAAUAGAAUCGAUUAAAGAGUGCAAAAUAUCUAAAAAAUACAAGUGCGGCAUCCUACCUUACGUCUCCAACAUAGAAAUAUUCGCCGAAAAUGCAAAUUGUUUGCUGAAGAGCGACCGAGGCGCAGACCUCGAAAAAUGGUACACCCGUUUGGUGGAUACAAUGUUGGAGUAUAUUUCCAUACACGCUAAUGAUCACAAAACUCCCUCGCAGGUUAUUAAAAUGGAAAAUUAUCAUCACCUUUAUUCAUUGUUGUCGCAGUUGAAAAUUUCGGUUUUGGAUAGCCAGCGCAAGGAAGCAAAACAAAAAUACAAUGAUGCCCUCACUGCUUAUGUAACUCUUUACUUUGGGCGACCUCUUGAAAAACUUAACACGUUCUUUGAAGGAGUCCAAGCGAGGGUAGCCAGCGGAAUAAAAGCAUCAGAAGUGAGUUAUCAAUUGGCUUUCAAUAAGCAGGAAUUGCGGAAAGUUAUCAAUCAGUAUCCAGGAUCGCAGGUGAAGAAAGGUUUGGAAGCAUUGUAUAAAAAAGUGGAAAAGCAUUUGUCAGAAGAAGAAAACCUGUUACAAGUAGUAUGGAGAGCGAUGCAAGAAGAAUUUAUUAGACAGUAUAAAACAUUGGAAGAUUUAAUUCAUCAAUGCUAUCCAGGUUCAAUGAUAUGCCUAGAGUUUACAAUAGAUGAUAUUUUGACAUUUUUUUCGGAUAUUGCUCAAUCUCAUUGA